UCCUCUCCCCACAGGGCCCAUCUGAUCACACGGACCAGGCCCCUGACUGUGGGGUGGACCUAGGACGCCCCUGUCCCCAAGCCCAUGGAGCUAAGGUCUGACGCCAGCCACAAGGAGAAUGUGUCCCCAAAGCCUACAGCGCUCCUGAAGCCAGAGCAACGGAGGAGGAGCCUGGUCAUUGGCCUGAGCAGUAGUCAUGACCGGUGGGUGUCCAGGUGCCAGGUGGAGAGGGGAGAGCCUGCUGCCACACCCUCCCCAGGGGCAGUGCUAGACCAGGAGCCCUGCCGAGUCCAGACCAACCUGGCCAGCCCUGGUCCCCGUCUGGGCCUAGCCCUGAAGGACACAACCGGCCGACUAGUCAAUUCAAGCUUCUGGCAACAGAGCAACCUGCAGCCCCUGACCAGGAGGCGCCAAGGGAAGGCCCAAGAGUUUGCCAUCCAGCAGAGCAACCUGAGCAUAAGUGGGACCAGCAGCCCCCUCCUCUGCCCAGAGCCGGCGGGGAGCUUUAGGCCCCAUGAGCUCCUCCAGGGACAUCUCCUCUCCCAAGGGGCACUGGCUUGCCCAUCCCCCUAUCGGAGGCAGUCCAGGCUGCCAGCCCCAGGCACCCCUAGCCGGGACUUCAGGCCUGGUGCAGCCUUUGCCCCUCUCGAUGGGCACCCACAGCCGGGCCUCAGAUCCUGGGGUAACCUGGGGAGCUGGACGUCCAGGCUGGUGGAGGAACCUCUCACCCUGGAGGACCUGGCUGAUCCCAGUCAGAACCAGGCUCGGGCCCCAUCCCAUGGCGUCCACCAGCUUCUGGCCUCCGUACAUUGCCUGGUGCCAGAGGCAGCCCAACUCAGCUGUCAGGCAUCCCAGGAACCCCCCGGUGCUGUGCAGCAGGACCUCUGGACCAGCGGCAGCCAGCCACUCUCCGCCCACCCGCAGCCCGGCCGGCCUGUCCUUGCUUCCUGGGAUGAGAGGAGGAGACAACUCCGAGGCCGCAGGGAAACUGCAGCUUCCCUGGAGACCCCGGCUGCUCUCUCAGAUUCUUGGGCUCAAAGCAAGCUAAUGACACCUGAGACCACUUUGGGGACACUGACCGGGGAUUUCCUUAAUCCUGAAAAGGGGCUCCCUCCCGCCCAUCCCUUAGGGUCAGGGGACAGCUAUUCCGUGGGGUCACCAGGUGACAGGGCACAGAAGGGCCUCCCUCAAGGCGUGGGGAGCAGGGAGGCCGGCCCCUGUUCCUCAGCCUUCUCCAUCACAGCCUGGGGAGUCCCACCUAAGCAGAAAAGAGAGGAGGGGGCCCUGAGGGAGCAGGUCCACAGGGAGGAGGAGAGGACAGCUUCCCAUCUGCCAGACACAGCCCCAGCGAGCAGUGCCUCGCAGAACAAGGCACAAAAUAUCUUGGCCCCGGAGUCCAAGGCAACCUGCUGGCAGCCGCUGUCCAGAUACUUUCAAGGCUGGAGGCACUUGGUGGAAAUGCAGCAGGCGGCAGUGGCGGCAGCAGUGGCACUGGGCCACCAGCAGCUGCUGCGAAAGGGCCUUCAGGCCCUGUGGCUCCGGGAGGCUCAGCUGGAGGCAGCCUGGGGGCGGUACACAAAGGCCCUGCUCGCCAGGAGCUUCCUAGAGUGGAGCAACCUGGCUCUGCAGCAGAAACAAGGACAGCCCCGCACAUGGGCUGGGUCAGGGUCACUGCCUUCCAGAAGAGCCCAGGGCCAAGGCCCCUCCUUGGGAAGAAGCACAGUGGCAGACCCCGUCCAGAGAAGCAGGCUGGAACACACCAGUCCAGGAAGUCUGAAGGAGGAGAAGAGAGCUCGGUGGCUUCCGUCGAAUCCUGGACACAGAACAGGCGGCAGAGAUGAGAGAGUCCAGAUCCUACGGGCCCUGCAACUAGCUGACUUCUUCUUGUGGUGCCAACAGAAGGAACGGGCCAGGCAGGAGAGGGAGGUUCACACGGCCACACAAAGGACGGGGAGCUUCCCUCAGGCCUGGCACUCCACUGCUGCAGGUGCAGCCUGGGGGGCCCCACUGAGCCCCCAGCACCAGAGAGUUUGGCUGUGCAGGUGCUUUGGGGCCUGGCAGCGGUUUGCGCAAAGAGGGUCCCGGUACCGAGACCACCUGGCUGACCGCCGGGCCGAGACCCUGAGGACGUGCCUGGAACAGUGGGUGCGGAUGAAGCAGCUCCGGGCCUCAGAUCCGGCAAAGGUGACCCAGCUGUCCCUCUGCCGGCAGAAAGCAGGAUGCGAGGCUCUCUAUGGCACAGGUCCCGGAGCCAGUGGCCUGGGUUCAGUGGGCCAGGCCCAGGGGCUGCAGGAGCAGGCCCAGGGCUCCCUGCAGGAUGCCUGCCGGACACUGGCCCUCCGCCGGGUGUGGCUGCUGUGGAAGAGGUGGCUUUUCCAGUGUCAGUGGGCCAACUACUUCCAGGCCUGGUGUGAGGCUAUAAGAGACAUGGGGGUGCUCAGGGCCCAGCAUCAAGCCUCAGAUUGCCUGAGCAGAAGAGCACUGGGGGCCGCGUUUGCCAAAUGGUGGGAAGCCCAGGCAGCUGUAGCCGGGGCACAGGAGCAGCACAAGGCACAGGAGCAACAUGGGGCACAGGAUUCCCUUGCCCACUGGAGAAACUGCUUGCAGCAAGGCCAGGAAUACGGGCAGGUGAAGAAGGGCCAGGCGUCACAAGCCUUCGCAGCAAUGCCAGUGGUGGGCAUACACCAUGAGGCCCAGCAGCAGGCAGGAGGGAGUGCUCGGGCCCAGGUGACCUGGUGCUGGACUCUGUGGGUGCCCAAGUCCUGUCAGGGCCAUGUCAGCCGAGCCCAUGCUUCCUGGAAGCCGGGAGCCUGGGUCCUAGAGGCCUCUUUGCAAUUAGCAGCGCGCAUUGGUUUCCAGCGAGCCAUCCUCACCCAGCUCCGGCAGGCCGGGCUCGGGGGCUUCCUGAGGACGGCGCAGCUCAGGGUGCGGCUGGGAUUGCGGGCUGAGGCCUCAGGGGCGGGUAAGACCUGCAGCUGCUGGACACAGGCCACAGAGCCAGUGCCACCUGGGCCAUCACUGCAGUGCAGCCUGGGUGGACAGAGGAAGCCAAGGAGAACGGCCUGGGCCCUAAGGAGACCUUGGUGCAGACAGCAUCUCCUCUGCCCUGCCUUCCAGCUCUGGCUGCAGUGGCCUGGACAGUGUAGCUCAGUCCCAGACCUGCCCCUGUACCAGGGACCAAGAUGGCACCCCAGCCCUGAGCCCCACUCCCUCAAAGCCCAAGAUGAGGCCCAUAAAAGGAGGCUGGGUGCUCAUUUCUGCAGGAUCCUAGAGGCGGCCCAGGCUCAGGGCUCUGCCCUUCUUCUGGACCUGAAGGGUCACAAUGCUCUUGGCCUUAAGGAGGAAGUAUCUGCGGCACUGGUAUCUUGAGGCACUACUUCGUGGGCUGCAGGGUUCCCAGCAGGUCAGGUGCCUGACAGUGUGGCAGCACUGGGUAGAUGCCCAAGGGGCAGAGCAGCUGGCAUGGACCCUGCUCAGGGAGUGGCACCUGAGAUGGGCCCGGCGGACGUGGCAACAGCGGAUCCUGCAACUGGGAGUGGCUUAGCGGUUACAGCGGCAAGAAGAUGGGCCUUUGAGAAGUGGCACCAGCACCUGGCAGCCAGGAGCCCAAGGAGAGGAUGUGCCAGUAGCCCAAGACCCUGGAGCAAGCCAGGCCUUAACGCCCCGAGAGCAGACAGGAAGCCUUAACCCCGUGGGGUAGGGGGCUUGGGCAGAGCACAGGGCCCAGCUGCCCCUGUGACUUGUUCCCAUAGAAUAAAAAACAGAACUGA